UUUAGAGAUUUUGGUACAGCUCGCUCCUCGGCUCAGUGUACGACCGCGCAUAACCGCUGGAGACGCGCGUACGAAGCGGAGGGAUCCUCCAUCAGCUGCAUCACCGCGCCGGAGCUGAAGGAGCCGCUUCCUGCCGCCUGUCAUCGCGAGGAUGAGGACGACGCCGUUCAGCGGACGCGGGGCUCGCGAGCGCGCUCGCGCCAGCUAAACGUCGGAUCGCUUUGAUCGGUCGUGACAUUGUGGGCACGGCGACUGCACGCCGGCCAAGAUUACCAAGGACUGACAUUUCGCCUUUCGCUCGAAAGCUCCGCCGCUGUUCAGAGCCGUCUUUAAGUCUUCCUUCGAGAUGUGUAUUGAUCUUUUUUAAAGAUGUCGUCAUCCUAUAUGUUCACGGGUCGGUUCUUUGAAGGGCAGAGAUGUGGAAGUGAAGGAGCGCGUUCAUUCUCUCCGUUAUAACGCCUCAUCUGUCGGAUACUGUGAUAAAAGCCGCGCUGAUGGAAAAUACGGGGUCACAGGUGGUCUCGCUGGAGCGGCAGGUGGAGAGUGUGGAGAGGAGCAUUGUGUUCCUUAGACAGGAGCAGCUGUCUCUGCUACAUGGACUACAUCUGGAGAUCCUGUCCCUCCAGAAACGCUGUACAGAACUCACACAGGAACUCAACAUGAAGCCCCCAGGCAGGACUGAAGCAGAGGUGAAAGAGGAAGAGGAGCAGAUGGAAGCUCAUUGUCUAGAGGUGGAGGAGCAUCUGCAGGAGCAGCAGCAGAUCCAGAGUGAUCUGCGCUGGGAGCUGAGUCAGAAGUCGGUCCUGGUGGGUGCUCUCCGCGCCAGUCUGAAGGAAAAAGAGCGUCGUUUCCUGGAGGAAUUAAAACAGCGCAGCCACAGGACCACUGCGCUCAACACCGAGCUGCAGAAGCAGACGGAGGCGGCUGCGUACCUGUCCUUCCAGCUGCAUUCGGCCAAGCAGAAACUCCAGCAGCAGAAGCAGCAGCAACGCAGGAGGCCGGCUCAGCCCGGCGCCGACAAGCCUCCCGUCCACCCUUCUCCUCAGGCCAGCGCCAGCAGCCCGACCGCCGUCAAACCCAAACGGCGGAGCUCGAGCCGGCCCUCCUCGAACCUCCGCACCGAACGCGCCAGAGAGUGUGUGCCGCGCGAGAGGGUGACGGGCCCCGAGGAGCCGAUGGCCAUGCCUGACCCCGCCCUCUUCCUCUACCCCUACAGACACAGAUCCCGGCUCCGCCCACCACACAGACACGCCCUGCAGGAAGCAGAGGGGGAGGAGUCAGAGGAGCUCGAUCAGGGAGCUUCAGUAAGCAGACUGGCAGCGACAGUAGCUAAAGCCACUGCGACCACUGCAUCCACCACAGAGAACAACGCUGAAUGAGCGUUUCUUUUACAGUUCGACCCGCUUGUUUUUACGAUAUCUAAACCUGAAUUGCACCUUGAGCCCCUUGGGAGAACCUUUGCAUUGUGACAGUGACAGAAAUGUUUAUAUUUGCAAUACGGUUUGCUUUUUUUACAGUUUGCACACGCGGUGAUUAUUAAACCGAGGAGAGGUUUUUUGCUUACGUUCUUGUUGAACCAAAAUCGAUUGUUUAUGUUGCUGUGAGGCAUUUUUGUAAUCGAAAAUGACCCUGAGGACCUCAAUACACAAACAUGAAGUGCUUCGUGAGGCCUGUUUUAUGCGUCCUGCAUCUGCAGCGUGUAGUUCUAACAAGGUUGUAGCAUUCACACUCACAUCUGUGUUGCCCUCACACGUGAAGUCCACCAGAGAGAAGCCUGUCAUUUUUACUGGACGAAAAAUGGCACAAGGAAAAAAAUUACAAAACACACAAACAUGCAUCUACCAAAAAAGCAGGAUGAAUUUUCAUAUCGUUACUUAUUUUUCUUAAUAUCUCUUAGACGUGUGCACUUCUCCACGACUGGUAGGUUUAGGGGUGUGGGGUAGAUACGUAUUAUCUGUACUCCGAAAUGUGUAUUAUAUGCACAUCAACAAAAUGCGUAUGGUAUGCACGCAAAAACUGUGUGUCAUAUAGAUGUCAAACAUGUUUAUCAUAUGCAAGUCAGUUUCUGUGUAUAAAUAGCACGUAAAAUACACAAAAAUGUUGCUAUUUUAGUGCAGUAUCACGUUUUACUCUUUAUUGUGCUCUCUCAAUAACUGAGCUAUUUUAUGAAUUUGUAUCAUUCAGUAUCCGAUUAUAAAAAUAUUUGACCUGCUUAAGAUUUUUCUUCCUAAAGAGAGCGCUAUAAACGUUUACGUUGUCUUCAUUUCAGCUUCCGUUACUGAGUGGAUCGUCAAGAAAGGAAAAGCAAGAAAGGCUAAAAUGCGUAUGAUCCCCUAGUCUUAAAUUCAGCCAUUUGCAAGUAUAAAAGUAUGAUCGGAGCCCUUAUCGCACUGGAGAUGCGUAUAAAACGUAAAUGCAGUUCAGUCAGGAUCGAGAUUCCACAGCACAUACAUGUUUCAAAUGCAGAUUGGAUCUAUUUAUUUAUUAGCAUUAUAGGCGUUGAUGGAUUUUUAUGUUGUUUCUAUUUUAUUUUAUUUUAACACAUUAACCUCUUCAUUUCCUAAUUGCACACCAACCAUUUUAAACACUUUAGACUUUAUUAAAAGGAAAACGCGAUGUAAAAAUCACUUUAUUUCGAGCCGCCGAAGCGCUGUCAGUGUGAAAGCGUGUCCAUAAUGUCCACUUGCUGUAGACGCAGAAUGUGCGAAACAGGCUGAAGUCAGUGUCCUCGUGAGCUACUUACUGCUGAGUCUUUGUUCAGCUGUUUUUUUUUUUAAAUAUGUAUGCUCAUCUUAGAUAAUUCUGAAUGAUCAGGUUGUCUCUCUGGUGUCACCACAAGUGCACUCUCUCAACCCUCCAGAUGCGAUUGGGGAUUUUAUCCCCUAAAUACUGCUUCAGUGAGACAGAUAAAUCCUGUGUGAAUGAGAUCUAUACAGCCUGAACCAUUUGCUUAAGUGCUUUAUCUGGUGUAUAGUGUGUUUAUAUGUGGGCAUGUUGAUUAGAAGAGAGUGGGCUCAAGGGUCAACGCACCAUUGUUCUGCCAUCAUUAAAUGAGCCAGCGAUGCCCAAAGGACUGAUUAGCUAAUGCUGCUUAUGCUGCGAUGUUGCAGACAACAUGUUUGCAUUUGUAUCAUUAGAAUCACAAUGCCGUUCGUUUUAUAAUCGCGUGCGGGCAGGUGUAUGUCCACAUACCAGGAGAUGUAAUGAUUAAUAGCAAUGUGACACAUAUCACAAACAUAUUACGUGUUUGUAUCGCAAAAGCUUGUAAAUUCAUAAUAUGCAAGAUUAGAUGUGUUUUGGUUUAAACUGAGGGAUAGCUCCUGCUCUUAGUUGUAUAGAUAAGAGAGGGCCAGUCCGUGGAAAUGGAUUGGACGAGAGUGAAAGGCAACAUUACCUUUCCUCAUAACUAACAGACACUGCUUAAAUUUAAAGGGAAAGUUUUUCUCAGAAAUGCAAGAUAUAAAUCUGUUCUAACGCUCCUUCACUAGAACAGAUUGGGAGAAAUUUAGCAUUACAUCUCAUCGCUUGGAUCUUGUGCAGUGAAUGGGUGCCUUCAGGAUGAGAGCAUCAAAGUAAUGCACAAGUUAUCCAAACGACUCAAUUAAUCGUCGUUGUAAGAAACAAACCCAUCAUCAAGACGUUUUAACUUCAAAUCACUUUUGUACAAAAUAGUCCAUAAUAACCAUAAUAUCGCUUGAUCCAGUGGAAAAAGUCCUUCCCAUGUCGUCCCCCCUCUUCAAAGUCCACCAACAUUUUAGUUUUUAAAUAUUUUGGACUGUUUGUGCUUGUAAACAGUGCUUGAGCUGUUCAUAUUUCUCUUGGGAUUCAGAAGAAGACGCUAUUGGAGAAAGCAAUAUUAUGGAUUAAGGAAAUCUAUUACAGCCAUAAGCAAUAAUUUGAAGUUAAAGCACUUUGAUGGAUUUAUUUUUCACGAACAUGAUGUGUCAUAUUCAUUUGUGUAAUAGUUUUAUCAGCUGUUUGGACUUUUGGAUGUAAUGGUAGAUUUCUCUCAAUUUUUCCCUUUCGAGCGGACUGUUCUUUUCAUAAACGUGGCCUAAAAAGUAGGCUACUCUAUAGCGGACCUUAGAGUCGCAAGCCUAAAUAAUGUGACAGUAAAAGAUUUAGUAGCAUCUAUUUGAAACUGAGCUUUUCUAAAGAUACUUACAACUGUACAUGUGGUAUUUUUCUUUGCUUUAUUAGAUCAGACGAUCAUUUUGCUUUGAAUAUUGAAAUAAGUUUGUUCAAAAUCCAAAUAUGAAAAGCAGCCCUCACAGGGGUUGGUACUGAAUGCAUAAGAUAUUUUCUUUUCAUCUUAAAAUUGUGUCUAAUUUGACACAGCCCUAACAAAGUGAUACUUGCUUCACUCAGGGUCUGAAACCUUAUUUUGUAAAUGUAUACACGUAUGCCUGACACUAUUUAAAAGGCCUAUAACCAGUUUUUGUAUUGUAUCGGUGCAGAGAUAGGGAGGAUUUAGGAUGCAAGUAGGUUGUGUGUUGACUGUGAUACAUCAUAUAAUCACAUCCACUAGCUAAUUAAUAGAUUUCUGUUUUUCAAUUUAAUGAUUCAUCUUGGAAACAUAUUGAUGCUAAUGAAAUGCUUGAUCGUCCUUAAGUUGUUUUUUAAUUGUGAUGUUAAAGAGAUAAGCAAUACUGCCUCACAAGAUGACUUCUACGUAAUCAUAUUUACAACAUACAUUUUUUCAAAAUUCUGGCGAGUUGUAAACAAUAAUCCAUAGAUACGGUACAUGCGAUAUCUGAUUUUUAUUUAUUAUGUUAUUUUGUAGUCCCCAUUUUAAUUUCGUUUGGCUUUUUUGUCCUUGAGUAUGGAAUAACAUGUCUUCCCUUAAACUGACUGUUAUGUGGUAGAGGUUUUAAAACAGCUAUAUGAAAUGUCUUGUUUUUGAAGGACAGGAAUAUGACUGGGAAAUAAACGAUUAGACCCAAAUUCCAUGGGAAACUGCGGUAAUGUUAACUCACUGUAUUUGCAUGUUUGGUCAACGGCCAAUAACAGAAAUCGGCGUCCUGUUUCACAAACAAUUUGGAAAGUCUUGAAAUGUACACGGUAAUUCAAAUGUCUGACGGCCCACAGAAAAUUGUGCAACAAUAAUGUCGCAAUAAAUAAUCCACUGUUUACUCUAUAAUACAUGAUUAAAGGAGUUUGUUACA